CAUCUCCCUUAGCAAUUCAAUCCAUUCUUAUUUAACCACUCUAACUAAGAUAGCUAAGAAUUUGACCUCUCAAAUUUACAAAAUAAUAAUUUAUCCCAUAGUCAUAUUUUAAUUUUAAUUUACCAUGCGUGUUUCAUGAAUCUAUUCAUAUGAUGUGUAGGUUUUUAAUCCAUAUGUCUAUUCCCUCAAAUUUAUUCGUUUCCUUAUAAUAAACAAAAGAAAUAACGAUAACAACUGUUGAAAGAAAAGGUGUGCCUGCCAGUCAGCUCUACCGGCGUAUAUACUCGACGGCACCGAGGACCCAUUCUGCCGCACCGGUUUUCCUUAACGAUCACCAGAAUUCAUAAUCAUCGGAGGUGCCGGUGUUACAUAGACUAAUACUAGUACUUGUUGUUCGGGAAGGUUUGAAUGGCGAGUAAGGACGAUGCUGUGAAAGAGGCACAGAUAGUAGAUGCUCGGGCAAGAAACAUUAGUCACAAUGUGAGAUGUACUGAAUGUGGGAGUCAAUCCAUUGAAGAUUCUCAAGCCGACAUUGCCAUUCUUCUUCGAAAGUUAAUCCGUGAUGAAAUUCGUUCUGGAAAAAAUGACAAGGAAAUUUUCAAAAAGCUUGAAGAUGAUUUUGGGGAGACUAUACUCUAUGCACCAAAGUUUGAUAUGCAGACAGCAGCUUUGUGGUUAUCACCGCUCUUAGUUGCGGGUGCAGCUGCUGGAGCAUGGGCUUACCAGAAGCAUAAACAGAAGACUAAUGUUCAUAUUAUGGCUCUGAACCUUGUUAGGGGUGUUCCAUUGACCCCAAGAGAGAAGGAAACAAUGCUUGAUAUUCUCACACCUCCUGCCUCACAGGGAUUUAAAUCACAGGAAGUUAAGAAUUCCUUCUGGUGGAGGAGAUUGGGUGGUCAAUGAUCACAUUGAACAUUCCGAUUGUGGCUUUAACCUUUUAGGCAACUCUGCCAAUUUCGAUUGUGACUUUAGAGGACAUCAAAAGUAGUCAACUUAUAUGACUAUAUAUUAGAUUUCCCUUUGAUGUUAAUCCAUAAAUUUCCAAGCCUAGUAUUUUAAAUUUGUGUCACUGUCAGCACUCAAUCUUGGUGCAUAUGUACAUGCUAAGAACUAGUUCAUUUUGUAAUAAAACAGAUUUCAUAGCAUAAUUUUCAUGCCAAUCCUUAAACUCUA